AUCAGUCUUAUGCUUUUUCUCUCAACUCCAUAUUCUUUUCUUCCAUUUCUUACAAUUUGUUAUGAUUGAACUCUUUCUCUCUGUCAAUCCUAACAUCUUCCUCAUCGAGAAGAACUCCGGCGACAGCGGUUUCUUUCAUCUUCCGCGAGUCCAGAUUCCUCUUCACCUGACAGCCGACCGCACCGCCGUACCGUGAGAAUCGUAUAUGGAUCUGCUUGUAUCGCACACCCACACAAUCGACUGUGUUGUGCGCAACUGAACAAGCUCGAAGCUCUCUCACCGCAGAUCGACGGUGCUCAUCCGAAGGAAACCGUCACCGCUGGCCCGCUACUAUCCGCAGGUCACCGCCCCGCUGCUGCAAGUCCCCUGCUUGCCGACAAAACUUUCUGCUUUCUUAAUUGCUUGCUGAAGUUCGCACUCGCUGGAUCUACCGAAGAAGGAAGACACCCGCCAACCGGAUCUGCUGCUAAAGGCUGAGGCCCGCCCACCGGAUCUGACGCUGAACGCAGCCGCCAUCGCACGCUGUUCCCGAUCUGUACAAGGAUCCCCUGUUCACGCUUCGCUAUGCAAAGUCUCAUCUUCAAUUUUGAGAACAAAUGCGGUUGCAACCGCCUGCGCGUCAUCGAGCCGUAGCUGCUGAUCACCGCGAAGAUGACCGGCACAAAUGCCAGUGGGCCAACCAAACACCUCGCCGCUUGUUGUAUAUCGCACGAGUUCUACAGACGCGCUUCAGCUAACCCAAGCAGGAUUGCAGUGAUACACGCGUCCGGUGGUAGUCGGCUAUUCCAAGAAUUCCACCGCCUUCACUCUGACCAAACCUUUGCUGACUUUGAUGAGCUCGUGUCAGAGAAGAGGACUUCACAUCGCCCUACAAUUUACGAAGGCGACAUAUGCUUCACUUUUUCUGACAUUCUAUCAGCGGUUGAUGCUCUCAGCGCUAAGCUCCGCCGGGUUCUCAACUGCACCGAUGAUUCACGUCUUAUUAAACACGAUGAUUCAGGCAAUGACUUUCACAGGGAUCAGUUAGUACAACACUUCAAUGAAUCUCAGAAGACAUAUACUCCAAGAGUAAUAGGAAUAUAUAUGGAGCCAUCUAUUGAAUAUAUUGUUACUGUCCUCUCUGUACUGAGAUGUGGAUAUGCUUUUAUGCCACUGGAGCCAUCAUGGCCUAAUGAGAGGAUAUCACGGGUACUAUCUUCUUCAAAAGUGGACCUCCUUGUGGGUUGCGGGUCUCUAGUUAACAGUAGUUUUCACUGCAUCGAUAAGUUAGAUUGGCUCAUAGAUGAUGGAAGAUGUCCUGUAUUGCCUAUAUAUAUGGAAGAUUACAUCCAAAAGAAUGAUUCUGGUCCGUUGAAUUUAGUCUGGCCAUGUGAAAGAGAAAGGUUAAGAUCAUUCUGUUACUUGAUUUACACAUCUGGGUCUACUGGGGAGCCUAAAGGUGUAUGUGGCACUGAAGCAGGUCUUCUGAAUCGCUUUUUUGGGAUGCAAGAAUUGUACCCCUUACAAGUAGAAGAUCAGUUGCUCUUUAAAACAUCAAUAAGUUUUAUUGAUCAUUUGCAGGAGUUUCUUGGAGCUCUGCUAGCCACCUGAUUACUCGAUCAGCAGGAUUAUAGCUGUUCCGUCAUUCAUGAGAGCAAUAAUUCCUACACUAGAAAGUCUAUAUUUUAGGAGAAUUCAAAGUUCUUUGAAAGUUUUAGUAUUAAGUGGUGAAACUUUACACCUUUCAAUGUUGAAGAUCCUUGUUGAGCUACUGCCCCGGACUACUAUUUUGAAUUUAUAUGGGAGUACAGAGGUUUCUGGUGAUUGUACAUACUUUGAUUGCAAGGAUUUGCCUCUCAUCCUGGAGCAUGAAAAUUUGAGUAGUGUUCCAAUUGGCUUGCCCUUGUACAACUGUGAUGUUCAUCUUCAUGGAGAUGAUGAUCCCAAUGAAGGAGAGAUAUGUGUGGGUGGGCUCUGCCUUUCAGCAGGAUACUUUAAUUAUCCUUUUGUUUUGCCAUUGGACUAUGUAGAAUUGUCUCAGGGAUUUGAUAGUGAGAGCACUGAUCGUAGAGUUCAUUGCUAUUUUAGAACCGGGGAUUUCGCCAGAAAACUUCAAAAUGGGAACUUUGUUUUUCUAGGGAGAAAAGACCGCACCGUUAAGGUUAGUGGGCAGCGCAUUGCUUUGGAGGAGGUUGAAAAUGUUUUGGCGGAACAUCCAGAAGUAGCUGAUGCCACUGUAAUUUUCUGUAAUGACAAGGGGGAUAUUUCACUCCUGGAAGCGCAUCUGAUACUGAAGGAAAACAGUGAACAUGUUGUGACUUUGAGAUCUAUCAUGAAUUGGUUAGCUAAAAAACUCCCUCCGGCUAUGGUUCCUGUUCGUUUCUUCUUCACUGAUUCGUUUCCCAUGUCUUCUGGUGGAAAAGUUGAUUACAACCUAUUGGCUAAUAGCCGUGUAUGGAACACAUGUUUCACUAGUGAGAUCGAUGGAACUCAAGAUCUUGACCUGAUUCAAGCUAUCGAAAAGGCUUUUUGUGAUGGUUUAAAGGUCAAUAAGGUCUCCCAUAAUGCUGACUUUUUUGAGAUGGGCGGUAAUUCUAUCUCUGCUGCAUAUGUAUCUUACACUUUAGGAAUCAACAUGAAGGAGUUGUAUACUUUUCCAACACCAGAGAGGCUUCAGCUAGCACUUCUAAGAAACAAGGUUUCAUUCAAUCAUGGUCUUGGAUCAGGUUCUUCAAAAGCAGGGAAUUAUGAAGGGCCAAGUAAUAGUAAGAUUUUUUCUGCAGAUUCAAAGGAACACAGUCAUAAUAGAAAGAUACCGCUUAGAGGACAUCCUUUUAAACGCAUGAAGAUGGAUUCAGAUUUGUACAUUGGAUCUAAUAAUGUUGGUGCAAGAGAUUCCUAUUCGAGCUUUGAUCUUAUCAAGUGCUCAUUUAGCCGAUGCAAUCAUGUGAAACAUGUAGAACAAUGUGAGGGGUGUGAAUGCUAUAGUAUGCACACACAGGAAUUUCCAAUUGAUGGAAAAUUUUCAAUACGAGAGUGCUGGAAAGUUCACAUGGAAUCUUGUGUGGAUGCUUCACCACUAGUUGUGCAUAGAAAACGUGAUGUGUACGUGUUUAUAGGGUCUCACUCCCACAAGUUCGUUUGCAUAGAUGCCAAAAGCGGUAUUGUUCAAUGGAUGGUCAAAUUACGAGGAAGAGUUGAAUGCUCAGCCGCAAUUGUUGGUGAUUUUUCUCAGGUGGUUGUGGGUUGUUAUGAGGGGAAUAUUUAUUUUCUGAAUUUUUUAAAUGGCAGCACCCAUUGGAGUUACCAAACUUAUGGAGAGGUCAAAUCACAGCCAGUGGUUGACAAAUCCAGGCACCUGGUCUGGUGUGGGUCACACGACCACAACCUAUAUGCUCUGGACUACGAAAACUAUUGCUGUGUUUUCAAAAUAUCAUGUGGUGGAAGCAUAUUUGGCUCCCCUGCAAUUGAUGAGAUGCAAGGAAAACUUUAUGUGGCAUCAACAAGUGGCCGGCUCACUGCAGUAUCUCAGGAGGCUCAACUAUAUUGUGUGCUAUGGAUAAAAGAUCUGGGAGCCCCUGUUUUUGGGCCGCUUUCCAUAAACACGUCUUGUGGAAUAGUGAUAUGCUGCUUAGUUGAUGGAAGUGUACUUGCUCUGGACGUGAGAGGAUCAAUUGUUUGGAAGGGAAGAACAGGAGGUCCAAUAUUUGCGGGACCAUGCAUGUCGCAUUCAUUGACAUCUCAGGUGCUUGUUUGUUCAAGAGAUGGAUGCAUCUAUUCAUUUAACUUGGAAAACGGGAAAUUGCUCUGGAAACACAGCGUUGAAGAUCCCAUCACUGCAUCAGCAUAUAUCGACGAGCACUUGCUACUGACACAUGAUUGCCAAACCCUGCCGCGGAGGUUCAUCUGUGUAUGCACGAGUUCUGGAAGUAUUCAUGUGCUUCAAGUUGACUCAGAUCGUAAUGAGGCAGCAAGAAAGUCGUCCGGGGGAAAUAUGAUCCAGGAAUUUGCUAAAUUGAAACUUGAAGGUGAAAUCUUCUCUUCCCCUGUGAUGAUUGGCGGAAGCAUAUUUGUUGGAUGCCGGGAUGAUUACUUCCACUGCUUAAAGCUCGAGAUACAAGUUCCCAAUUGAAAACCAAAGUCAAUGCCUUUCUUAUCAUAUGCACACGAGAAUGGUCGCGGAAUAUAGCUCGCUGCAAUUCACCACCCAUCUACCGAUGUCCUCUGGAGAAGGUGAACAGGAGAAGAAUGGGAGCAAUCGUAGAAGAUGAAGAACUGGAGAAGAAGCUGCACACUUUGAAAAUAAUUAGAUCGACGAUGAAGAAGAGACGAUGGACAACGAGGAAGGUGCCGUCGGCGCCGGUGAAGAUAUUGCAGAUCCGUUCUUUUUCCACUCCUCCUCUUUUUUCCCUCCUCUUGUUUUCUUCCAUCGCCGCUCUUUUUUCUUUCUGCUACAGUGCUACUUCUUUCAUCCGCCUCUGUUCUGUUAUUUUCUUUUUUUCUUCCGCUUUGUUUUUGCUUUUGGGUGCUCGUGAUUCCAUUUUGUUUGGUUUUUAAAUGUUUUUUUUCAACUUGCUUUUCGAAAUAGUCAUGCCAGUAACAACAUGUAUUUGUUUUACUAGAUUUACUUCCUGGUGAAGCUUCUCUUUACUACUCGUAAUUGUUUUGUUCUGUUUUACGAAGUACUAAAUUUCCUUUUCGAAAUAGUAGAAUGCAAAAGCCAAAGGAGUGUUGCUAGAAACUCCAGCUAAGACUCACAAUGAUGCUCCCCAUUGAAGAGCCCAAUAUUUCUUUUAUAUGGAUUGACAUUGUUAUUAACACUAUUAUAAUGUUCUUUUUAUAGCAUUGUCAUUGCAUGUUGUCAUUGUCACGACAAUUCACAUGUUUUGACAAUGAAAUUGUCAUAAAAAGACGUUGUGAUAUAAUGACAUAAUAAUACAUUAUUUUUCCAUAAAAAAUAUAUUUUAUAGCUUUGACAUUAGUUUCAACAAUGUCAUUUCCAUAAUGAUUGACAUUCUUAUGACAUUAUCAUUCUCAUUCUUAUGGCAUUGUUAUUGACAUUGUCAUCGUGAUUAUUUGGCAUUACUACAUUUUUUCGACGUUGGGACUUUUUCUAUAAAAUUAACGUUGUCAUAAUAGCUAUUAAUAUUGUCAUAAUUACAAUUACAAUGUUAUUUUAUAGCAUCGACAAUGGCAUUGCCAUUGUGACAUUUUCUUGACCUGGUGACAUUUUAUACAUCGACAUUGUCAAGAUAACAAUGACACUGGGGUAGACAUUGUCAUUAUCACAAUGUCACUUUUGUAAUGUUGACAUUGCCAUUGUCGUUUUUAUGUUGUGACAUUGUGUCAUUAUAAACAUUCAAUUAAGUACCUAAACUUAAAAAAACUCAAAUCAAUGCAAUAGAAGGUAAGCAACAUGUUUCAAACUCAAAGUGAGUUUGAAUAGGUGGCAAGUGGAAUUCAUUGUCAACAUGGGAAAUACUCUAGUCUUUUUUUACUUAGCAGCCCCAAAACUCCUAUCCGAUAUUUUUCCAAUAUGACACUUUUAUAGCCCCAAAACUCCUAUCCGAUAUUUUUCCAAUAUGACACUUUUAUUACUCCGUAUUUCAUUGUCAAUUGAUAAUAAUUUCCAAAUUAAUGAAUGGAUCCAGAAUAUUACUUACAUUAAAUGAAUCUGCAAAUUAAUGAAUGGAUCCAGAUAUUUUUUUUCAACAUCGUCAUAAUAAUUAUUGGCAUUGUCAUAUCGUGCUUAAUUGACAUUACAACAUUAUAUUUUUUUCAACAUUGUGACUUUUUUUAUAGAAUUAACAUUGUCAUAAUAAUUAUUGACAUUGUCAUAUUUACAAUGUCAUUUUAUAGCAUUGACAUUGUCAUUGUGACAUUUUCUUGACCUAGUGUCAUUUUUAUACAUUGACAUUUUUAUGACAUUGUCAUUGUCAUUGACAUUUUCAUAACAUUGUCAUUGUAAUUACAUGACAUCAUAACAUUGUCAUUGUAAUUACAUGACCACUUGUUCCUCAAAUUUAAAUGUUACUAGCAUUUCUCAAAUCUUAAAUUUAACCAAUAUCCUAAAUUGAGUGGAGUCCUUGGUGGGGUCCUGUGGGGACGUGGGGUAAAUUGGAUCAUUCUUUUAGAUUUUUAACCUAAAUCCGAAUUUGGUUGGUUCUAGUAUUUGCCAUUCAAGUGGUGAAAGAAGUCAAAGAACUGUGUAGAAAUUACUCAAUAAGCAUUAAAUUAAAAAUGCUAUAAUAUGUCACUCCUCAAUCAUACGGAGUAUUAAACUAUUUGCCUUAUUUUUUUGGUUUCUCUUUUAGCUUUAUCCAACGUGCGCACAACAACGCUCAUAUCGCCCGACCUUCGUUUUUUUACUUGGCGGUUUAAUUAGAAUAAGGUACAGGAAUGUUGGAUCAAAUUUAACAGAGACUUGUCAAUUAACAAGGUUGGCCGAUGAUUCGAGAACCACUGGCUGGCGUCGGAUUUAGGUCGCGGGAGGUGUAGUAGCUGGUCACUGCAGGUCCGACAACGGAGAUCGCCAGAAGUUUAAUAGCGGCAUGGCUGAGGUCCGAUGUUUGUUGGUAGGAGUGCAGCUGUUUCUGUCUGCAAAGUGUAGCUGGUGUGGCGUACCCGAUAAAUAGGAAGGGUAUUUUUGUCUCUUAAAGGAAAAUUAGUCCUAUAUGUGGAUUAAAAAAGUUAAACUCCUAUUUACCUUUCGCGGGCAUGUUUUAGUCCUAUACUAUGUUAUACGUAGUAUUAUAAAUGACAUUCGAAGAAUAUUAUCAAUUUUCAAGUUGUGCCUUCAAAUAUACUUAUUCUACAUCACUUAAUUUGUUAUGACGUUAUGUACAUCUCCAGUAUAUGUUGUUGGAACGUAUUGUUUUGUUGAUGACAAACG